GAGGCAUUUCCUCUCUGCUUUGUGUCAUCCCCUCUGUUUCUGCAGCCUUCCGCUCCCCAUCCCCUUCCAUGGUGACUGACCAUCUCUUGCACAGCCAGGGGGUCAGAGCACGCACGGAGCAGCAGCUGCAGCCUGAGCCCAAUGGCCUCACCCCGAACUAUAACCAUAGUGGCCCUCUCCGUGGCCUUGGGACUCUUCUUUGUCUUUAUGGGGACCAUCAAACUGACCCCUAGGCUCAGCAAGGAUGCCUACAAUGAGAUGAAGCGUGCCUACAAGAGCUAUGUGAGGGCGCUGCCCAUGCUGAAGAGGAUGGGGGUCAGCUCCAUCAUUCUCCGCAAGAGCAUUGGAGCUCUCGAGUUAGCAUGUGGGAUUGUCAUGACCCUGGUUCCAGGUCGCCCCAAAGACGUAGCCAACUUUGUGCUGCUGCUGCUUGUUUUGGCUGUGCUCUUCUUUCAUCAACUAGUGGGUGACCCACUCAAGCGCUAUGCCCAUGCCUUGGUCUUUGGGAUCCUGCUCACCUGCCGCCUGCUGAUUGCGCGCCAGCCUGAGGACCAUCCACCGGAGAAGAGGACCCUGACAGUGAAUGGGGAAGAGCAGCUGUUGCUGGCAGAUGCAGCCCCAGAGAAGGGCAAAAUCAAGGUGUCCUAGUGGGUGCCUUUGUAAGGGACAUACGGACCCUCUUUACAGUUCUCUCCACAAAACACCUAAAACAGAGCAACGUGUCUCUUUUUGUCCUUUAUUGAUUUAUUGGUUGGUUUUGGAAAGGGUUCCAAUUUGGAGCAUGGGGAAAAUCCUUCAAUUAGCCAGUUAAAUUUCAACCUGGCUUAUGCACUCAGAACCUCUUGAGCUGCCCUCUGCUAUUGCCAUCUGCCUCCCACACACAAGUGUGUCAUCAUCGUUUAUUGGAUCUAAAAAGAAAUAAGUGUCUCUUGUAUUGAGUGUGUAAGUGUCCACGUGCAUCUAUGUAUCUGUGUGCAUGGGUGAAAGAGGUGGACAGCUGAAUUGCUUGCUUGAAUUGCCUCUGUGCCAAACUGCAUUCCUUCGGGGGCAGAAAGUCUGGGAAGAAAGUUCCCAGUGCAGUCCUUGCUCAUUCUCUUUCCUGACUCACCUAUGCCAAGCAAUGCAUGCAUCCACCCUUUCUCAGCAGACAAUAAAGGAUGUUGUACAGACAAUAAUAAAUCCAUCAGGUCUCUCUCCCCGCAAGUCUGUCUGUGUGGCUGCUGGCAAAAGAUCAGGGACUGUUCACUGUCUGUCCCCAUGUAAAUCUGCUUCUUUGGCCAUCUACUCACUCUGACUUCUAAGAGUCACAGAUUACUCUAAGGCAGUGUUUCUCAACCUUGGCAACUUUAAGAUGGGUAGACUUCAACUCCCAGAAUUCCCCAGCCAGGGAAUUCUGGGAGUUGAAAUCCACCCAUCUUAAAGUCACCAAGCUUGAGAAACACUGCUCGAAGGUGAUGCUAACAGUGUAAUCAAUUUUCUAUUCUGCAUAGGUCUCUCUUAAGCCAAGACAUUGUGAGAUCUCUGUUAAUGAGAGGUUUUUAUUGUUCAGCUUGGGUGCAUAUGAAAGGCAAGUCUCCACUAUCAAGAGAAAUACAUUUUUAAAAAUUAUAUAUAAAUAUAUAUAUGUUGCUUUCGUCAUACUGUCUGGUUUGCAUCCUCCUCCUGCUCUUCUCUCUCCCCUCACCCAAUUUAUAAAAAUAAACUUUUUGAAAUUUGGAGGAAAGUUGCUUUUUA